AUGGACAGUACCAUCGCCUUACGGAUGCAGAAGUUCCGUGAUGAAGAUGAGUUCAUUGUUUCUUCCAGACGAAAGGCAAAUACGAGACUUAUGCCCAUCUCGCUGGAGAGGAUAUUGGCUCUGCAGCCAACUCUAAUUGGUAUUACCCGCGGAUUCCAGGCCAAGGAGUCGCCUGUGAAAUUUUGGUUUCGCCUCCCUAGCAGCAGUCUACAAAAGCCUGCAUACGGGGUGCUUGCAUAUUACCCAGAAGACUGCUGGACUGGCUCUGUCAUGCAUCCUCGACCCUUGGGAUCACGUAGCCUCCCAGUAGACGAUCGUUAUAGUAGUGGUCGAGCAGAUUCACCCGACAAUGUAGUGGUAGCAGGUGUCGCGGUCAAGCUUAGCAAUCCUACGUCCCGGGUUUCUAUGGUUGAAGACAAGGUACUUUUCGCCUUCGGCUACCAAAUGAUGCAGCCUGAGAGGAAUCAAGGAGAUGACGAAGCAAGUGUCAAUGUAAUGACGUUGGCUCCUGCGAUGUCUAUUACCAUCGAAGAUACGCCGUACCUGGGGCUGUCGUGCGCGGAGACGUUAAGGUGUGUCGACUAUCCUCGCCCUUGCAAGGCUCAUCCCGCCGACGACUGUCCUCAUUCAAGAGCUCCACGUCAGGUCAAGCUUUUUGCGGAGAAUGGUGAAUUCUGGCUGAUCACGAUGGAGAUGCGGGAGAGGAGCAUUAUGGGCGAGACCACUUUUGUCAUCGAUGCGAGUAUAUCACAGCACUUUGAGUUGGAUGGGUUGAUGGUGCCCGCGGAGCUGGAGGCUAUCGAGUGGACAGGCAGGCCGCGGUUAUAUAACACGUAUGAGAAGGGAGGCUAUGCUCUUACAUCCCGCAUCGAGGCUUGGAACACGGCACUGGAGUUGCAAAAAGAUACUGAAGCUAUGUAUGGCAGCUUCGCCAUCCUGGUCAGCAACUUGAUCGCUGUCAACUUAUACUCUUGGGACGAUGUCAUGGGUGACAAGGAGAGGGUGGAGCUGGAGGCGACGGAAUGGGAUGGUGAAACCACGACUGAAGCGACCCCGAGAACUUCACCAACGCCGUCCACGAGUCCUUUCACCCGGAUAUCAAACUUCCAGUAUGCAUUGGAUGCAUGGCAGGUUCUUCAAGCAUUAAAUGAGGACUUCCGGAGCAUGCUCGGUGAUAUCCUCAGCAUCCCCAUCACAUAUCUCACGAGCAUGGUACCGCUGACGUUUGAGGACCGAGUACUCGAGUUCGAUGUUUACAAAAGUCUAGCUGAAGUCGCUCAGCCAUAA